AUGAGCGAAAAAGAUCCAGAGAGUCAAAAGUUGUUGGCGAAAGAUCUUGAGGAAGACGAAAGCGCGACGGCAACUCAAAAACCUUGGUUCUACCUGCCGAGCAAUGCCGAAAGAGAAGACGAAAAAAGCGAAGCUCUCGACGGAGAAAAAGAUGAAAUCUCGUCAAUGCAGACAUUCUUUAAUAUCUGCAACGCGAAUCUCGGCACGGGAAUUUUGGCGAUGCCUUUCGUCAUCCGUCUAGCGGGCUUGUGGGGAGUAGUGAUCAUAAUCUUUAUUGGAUUUCUCGGUAACUACACCGGUAAGAUCCUCAUAGAUUGCCUCUACGAGAUCGACCCCACCGACGGGAAGCGAAAGCGAGUUAGGGAGACCUACCCUCAAAUCGGCGAGGCAUUUCACCCCACCUAUGGAACGUACAUGGUUCACAUAGCGAACUGUUUCGACCAGUUCUCUCAUUGUGCUUUGUUUCUUAUCAUGAUUGGGAUGGUCAUGAAACACGCGUUUCCUAGUAUAUCACUAAGCGAAAGUGAUUGGACUCUCAUUAUAGGACUCCUAAUACUGCCCACUAUUUUUAUCCGAAAAAUGACCCAAUUGGCUUGGCUUGGAACGCUGACCGCUUGGACUGCUGUCGUGAUCUCCAUCGUGGUACUGAUCUAUAGUCUGACAAAAUGGCAAAACUGGACUACUACGACACCUCCGUUCAAUAUUCACACUGUUCCUAUUGCGAUAGGCGUUGUCAUGGUGAGCUAUUCGUCAGCAGCCUAUUUCCCCAAAAUGGAAACGGCCAUGAUGCACCCUGAAGAGUACAACAGCAUUAUGAAUUUCAGUUACAGCGCGGUGACAUUUUGGAAAUUUUUCUGUGGGGUGAUAGUUUACAUGACGUUCACGGAGACGACUGACCAAAUCGUAGCCUUAAACGUCCCGCACGGCGUGUUCCGCGGCGCGCUUUGCGUAGCUGUGGUAGUCUUGGCUCUAUUCUUCUUCACCGUACCGGCUUUCACGAUUUUCGACAUUAUUGAGAACCACCUCAAAAUUCCAUGGCUUGCCUUCAACUACACCAACCAAAGAAGGGUGAUAGUGUCUGGCUACCUUCUUCGAUUCUUCCUGAUGUUAUUCACGCUCAUUCUGGCAGUUUGCGUUCCACAUUUCAGUCUUCUCAUGGCCUUCGUUGGCUGUUCCACCGGAAUGAUUCUCGUGCUCAUAUUCCCGUGUAUGUUUCAUCUAAAGAUCCGUUGGGCCGACUUAAAAAACUUCGACGUAGCGGCGGAAUUGUUCGUCAUCGGCUUCGCGGUUAUCGGAGGAACAUUGGGUAUAAUAUAUUCAUCGCUAGCUCUAUACACUGUAUAUAACGAAACUUAA